CUUCAUCUGCUGAAAGGCUUGCGCCCCACAAUGUGAAUCCACGGAUCCGCGGUUCCCUGUGGCUCAGCGGCGCGUGGCGCCCCUGGCAUCCAGCAGGUGCAUACAUAUGUACUCCGCAUCGAUGAUGGAGAUCCAACAGAACCGGCGGUAAAGUGUCAUGACAUGAGUGUCCAUGAGCAUGAUUAGCCAGGCAUAGGCUCUGCUUUCUUAACCAUUUCGCCUUCUCUAUGGUGAUUUGGCUUAGUACCAUGCAUCCAGAUUCUAUCGCACGAGAACCGCACUGCACUAAAAUUUAGGUCCCGACGUAGGUACGUUCGAGAUUGAAAAGUAAGCUUUACCGGAGGAGAAUAUCGGAGCGUUUUUUGGGCUACGAUGAGACAUGCAUGUGGACAAGCACUCGCACAUGGGCACAUGAGACACACUUAGGAGUCAAGACCCUCUAUCGGUACCGGCGUCGCGGAUCUUUUACUGGACAGGAGGAUAGUGUUUUCUAUUAUUAUUUCCAUCUUGGAUUCGUUUUCUCCAUAUCCACUAUCAAAGAGACUUCGCAACAGAAGAGCGCGUCACAUGCUAUCAAGCUGCCCCAUCGCACUUUCACUCAGCAUCAUAAUGUCAGCGAAACCUGUCGCAUUCAACAACGUGUACCGUCUGGGGUCUGCAUAAGAACCGCCUCGCUUCCGAAAUUGUGCUGGGCUGUUCACCGCGAUGCCCUUAUACCGGCAAUUUGCAUCCGAGAGGACCAUUACGAUUGGAAGUACCUCGCGUACGCAGGAGAGGUCGUCCUCCAAAGUUGAGGUUUAUCGCUGGCGGGAAUCAACACUACACCUUGACCAUCGCGAUGUCAAAUUGCUGUAAGACGCCCAUACCAACGAAGUACCCGGUGUACUAUUGACCCCAAAAGAUUAAGUUCCAGAAUCUGGCUGCACUAGUUCAAUGUCGCCGACCAGAGUUUUAGAAACCUCACACUCAACAUUGAUAUUUUUCCAGAGGAUUUACUUGGCUCAUUCAACCAGAACAAACUCCUAGGUUGUUGAUCAAACCACAGUGGUAUCGUACUUCUGUCGUACCAGAUCUUAGAAAUCGCCGUAGAUUAAAGUCCAUUGCACUAAGCGUAACUAAGCGUAACAAUGAUUCAUCGCAUUUCUUAA